GCCCGCCGGCCGGCCGCCAUCCUUCCUUGCUUCUAUAUUCCAUUCCGCCGGCCGGCCUCCGCCUCUGCGUGAUUUGAUUUGACUAGAAGAGAAGAAAAGAUGCUGCCUUGGAUCUUCAGCCGCAAGGGCGCGUCGGGCUUCUCCUGGGCCUCCACCGCCGACCAGGUCACCGCCGGCGUCUCCGCAGCCGGCCUCACCGCAAUAGUAACCGGGGCGUCGAGUGGGAUCGGCGCCGAGACGGCGCGGGUGCUGGCGGCCCGCGGCGUCCACGUCGUCAUGGCCGUCAGGAACCUCGCCGCCGCCGACACCGUGCGCCAGGCCGUCCUCGCCGAGUGCCCCGCCGCCGCCGUGGACCUGAUGGAGCUGGACCUCUCCUCCCUCGCCUCCGUCCGCAAGUUCGCCGCCGACUUCGCCGCCACCGGCCUCCCCCUCAACAUCCUCAUCAACAACGCAGGGGUAAUGGCGACCCCUUUCUCCCUCUCAAAGGAUGGCAUCGAGAUGCAGUUUGCAACUAACCAUGUUGGACAUUUUCUUUUGACACAACUUCUGCUGGAGACCAUGAAAAGGACCUCUCGUGAAUCAAACGUGGAAGGAAGAAUUGUUAAUGUUUCGUCAGAGGGGCACAGGUUUGCAUACAAGGAAGGCAUCCGUUUCGCCAAGCUGAAUGACGAGGAAGAGUAUAGCACCAUUGCAGCAUAUGGGCAGUCAAAGCUUGCCAACAUUUUACACGCUAAUGAACUUGCCAGGAGAUUUAAGGAAGAGGGUGUUAACAUCACUGCGAAUUCUCUACAUCCUGGAGCUAUCAUCACGAACCUUCUUCGCCACCACAGCAUCAUAGAUGUUCUCCAUCGGACGCUUGGUAAACUGGUGCUGAAGAACGCCAAACAGGGGGCCGCGACGCAGUGCUACGUGGCGCUGCACCCGGACGCCAAGGGGGUGUCGGGCAAGUACUGGUGUGACAGCAACCUGUACGAGCCGAGUGAGAAGGCCAAGGACGCGGAGCUGGGGAAGAAGCUCUGGGACUACACCCUCGACCUCGUCGCGCCCUGAAGAAUGCCUGGCCUGGCUUGGGUUGGGUUGGUUUGGUUUGGUUUGGUUUGGUUGAUGAGGAGCGAUGAGAGUAGGGAGAUGGGAUGAGAUGAGAUGAAGGAUAUGGGAGGAACUCAAGGCAGUGGUGUAGUGUAAUGUACAACAAAAACAGCUGAGUCUGAGGGUCUGGUAAAACAAACAGAUAGGUGUCUGAAUUCCGUCCGGUGCAGAUGCAGAAAGAGAAUUUUUGUUGGUGCUGUAUGAAUAUGCUCUACCUCCCCAGGGACAGGAACAGGGAGUGUCUGUCGAUACGGUAUAUGGGCUGUGAGAUACUGGCUCCUUC